AUGGGCAGCCGACCUGGCGGAACUCCAGACGUCCACGCCGACCGCCAUGGCCUCCAGCAACUCCAGCGCCCCCAGAUACCCGCCUCCAUGUCUGCCCCCGCCGGCCGCCUGCCGCGCCUGCUGCCCGCCGACCUCUCCUCCUACACCGACUCGUACCUGCCGACUGCAGCCAUCCCACCGUCCGCGACUUCCCUCGCCGAGCUCGCCCACCUGAUCCGCCUCCAGGGCUACCAGGAGCAGCGCAAGACGCAUGCCCGCGUGCGCCUGCACCGCUGGCUGGUCUCGAGCGCCCUCUCCGCACGUCUGGUACACUGCGGCGAGCUGGCCUACCGCACGCUGGUCGACAACUUCCGCUCCGACGACAAGAAGUCGUUCGCCUCUCUCUACAACGCCCUCAACGAUGUCCGCAACUCGUGCGAUGCCACGCGGCAAUAUGCCCUCUUGGAGCCGGAUCUGGAGUUUGGCAAGUCCAAGAACUUCCGGAGCGAGAAGCCUCUCUCUGCCUCCACUUUCCUCAAUGAAGUCCCGUCCAAGAUUCUGGACAACCUUCUCGAUUUCAUUUCCGAAAUCCGUACGAACCCAGAAUUUCUUGCUGCUCGUAUUUCCAGUCUCUCGCAGCAAGAGCUCACUUCUCUCACGUCUUUCCGUCAGACCAUGGACCCGAUUGACUCGGUCAUGUUUGCAAAUGCCCGUAGCCGCAACGCUCCCUCGCAGAAGGCCCAACAGCAAGGAACAAGCCCGGUAGAGCGUCUGCUAUCUUUCCAGCGCCACGAUCCGCUGUCUGCCCUAGUCUACACCAUCUUCGCUAAUUCAUCCGGACCCGACUCGGCAGAGGACCUUCGCCGCACAGAUGUAUGGGCCACUGUUUGUGCCAAGCUGAUCAAGAACAACAACCCCAACUUCAUCCGCACUGUGCUCGAUGUCUGGGCCGGCAUGCGAGAAUGGCCCGGAAAGACCAAUUUGGAGCUUUAUCUUAUGCAGACCCUCCAGGAUGGCCAGUUUCUGCUCGAGAAGCCCGAGGAGCAGGCCGCACGACCCGGAAUGCAAGCGACCCCGCGCUCCAGCAAGGACACCAUCGCAGCAGACGAGUUCUUUGACAAGGCUGUCAAGCGUUUGUUCGAGGUCGUUGACGAUGAGCCCAGUGCCGGCGGUAUCCCAGAAGGAGUCUUGGAGAUUGGAAAUGCCAUCCUUCGCAAGCUGGAGGACGAGAAGAGCCUGCGCAGGGCUUCGCAAAAUUUCUUUGUUUCGCGUUGGCUCUUCUCUACCUUCCUCAUGAACGCCAUCAUCCAUCCCGAGGCAUGUCUACCCUUUCUGACGCAAGAACUGCGAAACUAA